AGUCUUGGCAUAACUUUAAAAAGAAGAAAUAAAUGGCAGUCAAAGCCGCGAUGAUGAUCAUCAAAGCAACAGCUACUUCUUCUUCCAACUGAUUUUGAUUUUGAUUUUGAUUUUUGUGAUUUUGAUCCAUCCAACACGCAAAUGGAGGAGGACACAAGAUCAAUCUUAAUCUCCAUCGCCAUAAUUUUACUCCUCAUAACCUCCAUCAUCAUCGCCCGCCUCUCUCUCAAACUCUCCGAAUCCUUCUACCUCAUCUGCGGCGCCGCCCUCGCCGCCAUCCUCGCCGUCGCCGCCAUCGUCGUCCUCCGCAUCCGCUACAGCACCCGCCGCAAGCAGCUCGAGCACCAGCUCAGCUUCCAAGGCCGCGAGCUGCGGAUCGAGUACAGCUUCCUCCGCAAAGUCGCCGGCGUCCCCACCAAGUUCCGCCACCGCGAGCUCGAGGAGGCCACCGACGGCUUCCGCUCCCUCCUCGGCCGCGGCGGAUCCGGCGCCGUCUUCAAAGGCAUCCUCUCCGAUGGCACCGCCGUCGCCGUCAAGCGGAUCGACGGCGAGGAGCGCGGAGAGAAGGAGUUCAAAGCCGAGGUCGCCGCCAUCGCCAGCGUCCAGCACCUGAACCUAGCUCGCCUCCUCGGCUAUUGCAUUGCCGCCGGCGGCAGCCCUCGCUUCCUCGUCUACGAAUUCGUCUUCAACGGAUCCCUAGACAAUUGGAUUUUCCCCAAAAUUAAACCUAAUCAGAGAAGCGGCUGCUUGCCCUGGGAUCUGAGAUGCAGAAUCGCGUUAGAUGUAGCAAAAGCCCUAAAUUAUCUCCACCGCGAUUGCCGAUCAUGCGUCCUGCAUUUGGAUGUGAAGCCGGAGAACAUAUUGCUCGACGGCGAUUUCCGCGCCCUAGUUUCCGAUUUCGGACUGUCGAAGCUCAAGGGGAGGGAUGAGAGCCGUGUUGUGACGACGAUCCGCGGCACGAGAGGCUACAUGGCGCCGGAAUGGCUGCUGGAAAACGGUGUUUCGGAGAAAUGCGAUGUUUACAGCUACGGAAUGGUGGUGUUGGAGAUGACUGGGGGAAGGAGGUGCAUCACUGAGCUUGACAAGGGGCAUCACUCCAAUAAGAAGUUUCAGUUCUUUCCGAGGAUUGUGGUUGAAAAGUUGAAAGAGGGUAAGUUGAUUGAGGUUGUGGAUGAUAGGUUGGACAAGGCCGAUGUUGAUGAGGCCGAGUUGAGACGGAUGGUUGGGGUGGCGCUGUGGUGCAUACAGGAGAAGCCGAGGAUGAGGCCGACCAUGGCGGAGGUGGUUGAGAUGCUGGAAGGACGGAUGCCGGUGGAGGAUGCGCCCGACACGCAGAUGCUUGUCGUGGAUCUCUUGUCGAUUGAUGAAGACGACGACGAUGAUGGAAAUGCGAGAAAGGACAAGCGUAGGCUGCCAAGAGCUGUGGUGGUGCGCGAUAGUCCCUUGUCCGUAGCUCCCUCGAUGGCCUUCUCCACGCUGUCGGGACGUUGAGCCGGAAACUGUUUGUAGAGGUAGACAAUUUUUUGUUGCAACAAGACUGCAACUAGAAUUAUACAUUUGAGGUCGAUUUAUUCAAUUUUUUUGGCAGUGUCUCAAGAUUAGAUUAGGUUAGGCCUUGUGACAAUAAAAGAACUCUAUUACACUUUUGUAACUUCCACACCAACUCUUUAAUCAAAUGUGAAAUACACAAGUGAUAA